UUCCAUUCCGAAGAGAUCCCGUUUUAUCUUCUCUCCUUCAUUCUGGAAACCGACCCGGUAGCAGCGCACCUCCCCAUGCGCCGCCCAAUGUUCUAUAUUACUCAUGUCCAACCCGCCCUCUCCCCCUGAAAAUGCCGCUGCCCCAGCAGCGGUGAGUCCCGCACGGACUGCUGGCGACGCCACGAACUCUGUUCCUGAAGCAGAAGCGCCACCGCCUUGUCCACCCGCGGUCCCGACACAAGAGACAGGGACCCUCUCGUCGGUACCACCACUACCACCAUCAACACCCCCUGCCCAGCAAGGCACGCCCGGCACCGAUCCCCUGGUUGAACAGGCCACGGUGAUCUCUGCCGCGUCCCAUGCUGAUCCCGUCAAAUAUGCCCGGGGCCCUGCCAUCCUGCAACGGCCCCACGGCCCUUCCUUGCUGACCCAAGCUUUAGCAACAGCUCGUGGCAUCCCUCGACAGCAUCAGCCCAACAAUUCUCCGUACCCGCCUCAGCAUCCUCCUGAGCUCCAAGAGUCGCUGAGUACAGACGCCGAAGAUCGAGACCCGCGUCAUGGCUCCCUGACACAAGCUGAUGGCAAUUCACUGCCGCUACGACUUUCCCCUCGAAAGACAACAAUGCCUUCCGCAACCGCAACGUCCACGGCAGUGGCCUCUCCACUCCAUGGCAGAAUUGAUCUCAGCGAAGUCAACUCGGUGCUCAAUGGCCACCGCGAGUUCCUGACCAAGACCAAGGGUAGAACCGGGUCGUUCGAGGGAACCGAGAGGGAGCGCCCAGGUCGAUGGCAUACUUACUCGCACGAUAAGGCUGCUACCAACCCUCUAGCCUCUCCGCGGCUUACCGACUCCCCUCCUCCUUCGCAGGAUGAGAUUGCCGGCGAGAACCGUGGGUCAGAACCCCGUCCUCAGCCAAGAGCUUGGAAGACAGAGCACCGGGUGUCCAUGGGCCCCGAGAAAGCAUGGUCAAUCGGGGCGGGAGACUCCACCAACAGCCAAGAUGGACAGGUAGAGAAAUCCAUCUCCGAGGUGCUCGCGGGAGUUGAGCACAAUACACGCAGCCGGAAGGCUAGCCACAGCCUACGGUUCUUCAAGGAAGGCCUGCCCGAGAAAGGGAGGCGGAAGGACCAGCGCUCUGCACUGACCCCGCGAGACAAGUCACCCCCAAGAGGGGAGAGGCUUGCCGACAUCAAGGAGCAAACCGUGGACGCUGAAACAGUGGAGCCCCAAGUGCUUGGGGACGCUGGGUUGUCACAUCAGCAGCAAAACAGGGCUCCAGUCCCUCCUACACGGUCGCCGGAGGCUAAGGUCACUCACGGCUCUGCCGAAGACUACUUCGCCCAGAGACACAGCGAAACAAUCCGACAUGUGGCCGCUGAACCCGUGCUCUCCCAGUACGAGGGGGAUGACGGCGACCACAAAGUUGUCGAGUCUACCGAAUCGGGACAAUUACUAAAGCCGCGGGGAGAGGGCGACCUCGGUGUCGCAGCUGGGGAGAGCGCCGAGGAGGGCGAGGACUCUGGAGAGGAAAAGAUCUCAUCAGCAGUGUUCUUGCCGCAUCAGGGUCUUGAGCAGGAGCAGGAACACUCACCUGUUCCUGGAAUUCCUCAAAGGGUUGCGCCCUCGAGGAGACACUCGCGGCAUGAUGAUUUCCAUCCGUGGCUUGUCAAAGCUGAUGAGCCCGAGACCGACGACAAGGGUGAUGACGUUGACUUGGAGAGCAAAGUCAGGCCGGAAGCUGCCGAAUAUGCCAGUAUAGCUCCAGAGGUAGCCUCCAGGCAGGUUGAUGAAUCUGCCCCUGUUGAUGAACGUGAACCUGGUGUCCCCUCUUCCCGCCCGUCUCGUCCGGUCUCCCAGUACUAUGAGGAUGCCGUCCACGAACACCAACUGACUCCAAAGCAACCGUUGGAGGCCAUUGAACUCAUUCCCUACAAGCACCAGGUCGGGGGGCAUACCACGCUGUGGAGGUUUUCGCGUCGAGCUGUCUGUAAGCAGCUGAACAACCGUGAGAACGAAUUCUACGAAAAGGUCGAAAAGUACCAUCGCGAUUUACUGGCGUUUCUGCCCAGGUAUAUCGGGGUGCUGAAUGUCACCUUCCAGAAGCAGCCGCGCCGCAAGUCCACCAUGAGACGAGACGAAGCUGCUCCCUCUGGACGCCCUCAGGCGGCUCCGAGUGAGCCCGCACAGCUGGAGGGUAACGGGACGGCCAAUGGCGAGAUCGCCUCGCCGUCUAAAGAGUCCCAGAAUUCGGAUGCGCGGGUAGUCAGCCAGUCGAUGCAGUCAUCGGCGGCUCAGAUCCCGACCGUUACGUUUGCAGAUAACCAACAUAUCUUACCAAGAAACCUCCUUCAACCGGCAGCAAACCUCCCUAGUCACCUUGGGCGCUUCCGGAGUGCUUCAGCGUAUGCGCAGGGCACAGGGGGACAGGAUGCACGGGCGACAGGCAACCGAGAGGAGCUGUCACGCCCAGGCUUGCAGGAUCGUCCAAACAGCUGGGGCGCCACAACCGUGAACAAGAAGCUCCGUAACGAGGUUUUCAACGAUGCUUUCUUGAAGCAGCCAAUCGCCAUCCACCGGCAUCGCAAGGGCCAUCAGCGAGUGCCGCGGCGCGCACUUCAGCAGGUGCUUCGGCCAUCCGGGUCGGAUCCGAGUUUGAUAGAAUCCCAUGAGAAGAAGGCUCAGGCAGCGGCCAGCGCCGUUGAAGAGUCUGCCAACCCGACCGGCAGCUCGCAUAUGCACAGCCAGAGCGAUCUUGGCCGCAGGCUUGAGUGCUGCGAGGAUGAGGAGGAGGCGCCGAAGGACGUGACAGGCACCAGCGCGCCGGAGCCCGAGAUCUUGGGGGAAUCGUCGCCCGCCCAGAAGAGGAAGCGCCGCUACUCCGGCACCGGUCUGCGUAGGAAGCCGAAGGAUGUCAGGGAGGGCCGCGGUGAUCUGAAAUACUUCGCGGAGGCGGACGAUGCGGGCUACAAAGGGGACCGCGAAGACGCUCAGCAGUUCGAGGUGUUCAGAGCCUCGCCGGAACGAACAGCGCCGGAAGCUGAGACUAAAGCUGUUGAGAUUCCCGCCGCGGCUCCAGCGCCACCCGUUGGUCCUCUGGGAUACAGCAAGAUUCCGCGCCCGGUCAACCCUAAGGAAGCCCAGACUCAGCGCGAUUCGCGCGUCGAAUAUUUCCUCCUCCUCGAAGACCUGACCGCCGGUAUGAAGCGCCCCUGCAUCAUGGACCUCAAGAUGGGUACACGCCAAUACGGCGUCGACGCCAAUCCCAAGAAGCAGAAAUCCCAGCAAGGGAAGUGUGCUAAGACCACCUCGCGCGAGCUCGGCGUCCGCGUCUGCGGGCUCCAGGUCUGGGACGUCAAGACCCAAAGCUACGAGUUCAAAGACAAAUACUACGGCCGCGAGCUCAAAAAGGGCGCCGAAUUCCAAGCCGCCCUCACGCGCUUCUUGUACGACGGCGUCGACCGCGCCAGCAUCCUGCGCCACAUCCCCACCGUCCUGCAGAAACUGGACGAGCUAGAAGUCAUCAUCAAGCGGCUACGCGGCUACCGCUUCUACGCGGCCAGCCUGCUGAUGUUCUACGACGGCGACGAUACCGCCGAUAAUAACAACAAUAAUAAUAACUACUAUGCCGAGGACUCGACAACGGACUUUGCCACGGACACGGAGGAGGCCUCGCCCUACAACAGCAACAACAACAACCGCCGGGCGCGGCACAGCAGGCGCGAGAUCGAUUUCAAGAUGGCGGACUUUGCGAACUGUGUCACGGCGGGUGACCUGUCGGCGCGCGACCGCCCGUGCCCGCCGAAGCACCCGGACCAGCCGGACCGCGGGUUCUUGAGGGGCCUGCGGAGCCUGAGGAAGUAUUUCUUGAAGAUCCAGCGGGAUACGCGGGCGGAAAUGGGGUUGGUGGCGCCCUCGAGGCAGGGGGAUACUAUUUCGGAGCUGGAUUUGGAGGUUACUGAGGAUGAGGGGAGCGUUAGUGAAUGAGUGAGUGAUUUGAGGGGAGGGAGGAGUGAAUAACUAUGCUGUUUCUCUUUUCUUAAGAUCCAAGUUUCUACUUGACUACGGAUGAGGU